AUGCAUCGAGCGUACCACACUCCUGGAGGCAGCAUAAGGGAAAUUAAACUCUGUCUACUCGGGGUAAGAUGCGAUCUACAAUUAAAAAUAUUUAUCAGUGAAAGUUGAUGUGAUCAGAGGAGAUUCGUUUCCUUGUUCCGAAUAUUAACAGAGGUCGUUUUGAAGUAAUUAUUUAUUUUUACCACUUUUUCAAGGAUGCUGGUGUGGGCAAGUCUUGUUUGGUUCAUCGGUUUGUCUCCGAUUCAUUUAAUGCCUCCUCUCCGCCCACUAUCGGGUCAGUAAAAUUUGUUUCUAUGAAAUAUUUAAGCUUUAAUAUCAGGUCCUAAAGAUUUGAUCACUAUUUUUAUAAAAACUAUAAAAUUACUUUAUUCCGUUUCGUAGCUUGUUAGUUUAGCUCUUUAAAAAUAAUUUAGUUAGAUACAGUAGUGGUUGAAUUUACAGAUCUCAGUAUAUUUAGUAACCUGGUGUCUUAAAAUUAAUAUAAUGAGUUCAUUUUGAGGUACAGUAAAUUUUACUUCCUUUAUUAAAUGGACAUCGAAGGAACAGAUUCAGGUCUCUGCAGUACAGAGGUGUCCGUAAAAUAGAGAAAUGAACUACAUACCGUGUAUAAUUUGUGUCUUAACAGUCACGCCAGGUCAAGCGUACCCCAAUAGAUACUAUUAAUGAAAAAGGAAUCCUUUAGUCAUUGUUGCAACCAGUGUCAACUUCAAAUUUGCAUUCUUGCGUGCAUAAUAAGCAGUGGACUUUUUACACUUACCUCUCUGUAUUUGGUCAGAUUGAAAAUCUUUGAAUGGAUAAAAUUGCUUUGAAGAUGUAAAAAUCAAAUUCAAGGAAACUGAGCUGGUAGAAAGUUUAACAACUACCUGGUGUAUGAAUUCACCACUCUUUAUGCAUACAAGAAUGCAGAGAUGAAUCUGAAAUCCACAACUCUUGUCUAAAUACCCAUCUAAACGCCCAUGCGAAAAGGAAAACCACAAACAAAUGUUGCCAUCACAUGCUCCCUAGUGGCCGCAUUGCCUCAAAGGAAAGGAGUUUCAAGAACCACCAACCCGGCUAGUAACACUCGACUGGACAGCAGACAAUUGGAUAGAAACAUUAGGGCUAGUUUUACGUUUCUUAUCUUGCAACACUUUAAUUCGAGAAGUGACGCAUUUCUUGGCCUUUUUAAUUUUUGAGGCAUGAGCCUUGUUAUCAACCAAAUUGUCACCCAGGUACUCUUCAGCACUGUUGCCCAAUCGAAUUCCGACUGAUCUGCUAGGUUAAAGAUCUUUUGCCUUAAAUACCUAACGCCACUCUUUAAAUACUCUACCAAGUCCCUUGAUACUAAAUACCAACAAGAGAAUAUUUUCUCACUAAUUUAUUCAAAAAUGUGGAAAAAUGGAACUACCAACAGAUUCAACUUUCUAAUAAUAAAUUCAUUAAUGUAAUCUUGUGGUUUUGCUUGACCUGGUUUGACUGUAGCACUAUGUGGUUGUGUACAUAAGCAUAAAUCUCACAAUACAUUGAAGUUUGGGUGACAUAACUGCAGAUGAGAUAACUUUCAGGCGAGUUGACCAGAACUGUUUGUGAAAGAGAGUUAUCCAGAUACAUGUUUUACUGCACACAGCACACAAUAACAGCGCUCAAAGCUCAACAUUUUUCAAAGCCACCAUUUGGCAACCUGAAAUUAUAGAAUAGUCACUAGGCAUAGAAUAAUUAUUGUAGGCCUAAACAAAAGAAAAACAACACUAAAAAUGUGCAACACUACAAGAAUGGUUUCAAACCUUAAAUUUGUUAAGUCAACUCCUUCUAAGACGGACACCUUUGGGAACAUCACUAUGUGUCCAUCUCCAUCGUUUGAAUCAACUUAAAGGAAUAUAGAAAGCUAGGGACCAACUCUGGGUGUUCAGAUCUUACAGAGGUGUCUGUUAAAUGAGAGUUUGCUGUAUUCACAGGGUUGUCAAUAAGAGCCGGCGGCUUGCAAAGUUCACCGGCUAUUUCACAUGAACUCACCGCCCACUUUUCUUUGAAAAUCACUCCAGUUUUAACAAAUGACAUGAUUUAAAACGGAUACCGAAAUAAGCAAUGGUUCAUAGCUAUUGGCAAGAAGUAAUCAAUGAAUAAAGAAAACUAUUCAUGUGCUGAUCCUGAAUAAAAAAGCCAAAAUUUAAUAAUGAUGUCUGUGUUCUGUUCAAAAACUCUAAUUUUUUCUCCAGAAUGCUGGAAAUGCAUUCUAAGAGGCCCAGAUUUCAAAAUUUUCCAGGGGGCAUGCCUCUGAACUCCCCUGGAGGCUUGAGCCUUCUGUGCUCGCUAGUUGCACCUUUGGUGCGAGUUUUUCCAUGUGAAUGAUCUCUGCCUACUCCUAAGCUUUUGCCACCUUCUUAAAAACUUAUUGAGAACCCUGAUUCACAUAUAGUUUAUUGUGAAUUUUUGUAACUUCUGAGAUGAUGUACAAAAUUCAGUGUGAUUGGCUAAGGGUCUGCUCAAUCAUAUAGGAGACUCAAAAAAUGUUUCUGAACUGUGAAUUGUGAUAAUGAUUUCUAUCAAUACGAGUAUACAAUCCUCCCGAGUGGUACACCACGAAAUCUCCCUGGGGACUCACAUAUAAAAAUGAGACGUGUUCUUGUUUGCCCAGUCUACCAAAUCAUUACUUUUCUUGGAUUUUCAUUUGUAGAGCUGCCUUUAUGACAAAAAUGAUGAUUGUUGGUGACCAGGCUUUUAAGUUCAAUAUAUGGGAUACAGCAGGGCAAGAAAGGGUAAGCUCAUUCAAAUUAGAGUCUGCAGAAUAUUUGCUUUUUUAACAAGAAUUUAUUUACAAGUUAGAUUGCAAUACAACUGUAUACGUUUCAUUCAUUUGAUGCAGUUCAAGAGUCUAGCCCCACUCUACUAUCGAGAUGCAGCAGCAGCCAUUUUAGUCUACGAUAUAACAAGUGAUGUAAGUUUUACUUGAUUUAUAAUAAAAACCUUGAUAAAUGUUAGGGUCUCCUUUAUGCACAUAAAGGUAGCAGUAAUGCUUGUACUUCUGAGACAUGUAGAAGUAUGAUAGAAGGUGUGAUCAUGUUUUGUCAAGAAAUCAAUAAUUUAUUCAGCCUGUCACAAAGUAGCCUGCAAUCAUCCCCUCCCUACAUUUCUAUUGUAUCUUUUGCGUCGAUCCUUUGUAAUGAUACAUGUACAUGUUGUGGUUCAAUUUUAUCCUUGGUUUAAAUUUUUUUUCCUUUGUUUUGAAGUAUGGUAAUCUGUGUUAAUGAGUUUGAAACAAAGGAAAAUAAAAUUUAAACCAAGGAUAAAAUUGAACUACAACAUACACACAAUCAAUUUCUAGAUUACAUUUGUCUCAUAUUCGUUCUCGUUUUAGAGUUCAUUCCAUGCUUUAAAAAACUGGAUAAGGGAGUUACAAAGAUACGGUCCAUCUGAUAUUCUUAUCGCCAUUGCUGGAAACAAGUGUGAUAAAACUGACCAAAGGGAGGUAAGCUGCAGGUGCUUUGCCUUGCUGCCCAGGGUUGUCACUAACCCAGGGGGGUACUCAGGAUUUCAAGUAAUAGGGAUGAUCAAAGGGUUUUUUUGGGUUUGAAAUUUUCGAUUUCAGGAUUUUUUGGGGUAUUCAAUAGAAUCUGAAGAUAUGUGAUAGUUCCCACGUAUCCCAGCCACGUAGUUCGGUGAAUAAAUUUGAUAUGGCUCAGAGAUUCAGCAUGGGAUCUUUUUGGGGUUAAAUUUUGGUCCAGGGAAUUUUUUGGGUUUUGUUUGAAGCCCUAGGGAUUUUUGGGGGUUUUGAUUUUUGUCCCCAUUCGAUCAUCCCUGUCACUUGAAAUCCGGAGUACCUCCCUGGGGUCUCUAAGGGCUAAAAACCAUGGAUUCCCCUCAGCUGCUAUAAGCAUGACCCUGCCCCUGCCAAUUUUCAUAGGAAAUAAACCUAAAGAACUUCCUAGCUUUGUGAUAAGGCAUUUCUGAGUUGGGUGAGUGUGAAUCCAUUGAUAUGAAAAUGAGUUUUUUUUUUCUCAUGCAAAAAAACUCAUUUUCACUGUAAAGGUUUUGUACUAAGCCUUCUUUUAAAAGUGAGAGUUUUUUAACCCAGAAAUGGCCUUUUUGCCCAUCUACUCAUUGCAUCUACCCAGGAAGUUAUUUAAUCAAAGGCAUGUUCUCCAGAGAGGACUGCAGGAAAAAGUGGGAAGGGCAGGAAUUGUUACCUAAGGAAAAUGAGACAAACUUGCACUCAGGCCCUUAUAAAAAAAACCUGGAUGCACCCCUGAUUCACAUGGCUAGAUUCAGUUCUCUGCAAUGGGUGGAGGGAGCACUAAGGAAAACUCUGCUUGAAACAUCACCCAGUUGGUGAUAUCGACCAGGGCAUCUUCUUGGUCUGUAUGGGUGGUCCAUGGACCAUUUUAUUAGGUGGUUCACAGGUCUACUGGGUCCAUUGGAAUUAAAAAAGGAAAUCACCCUGUGGUUUCUGUGAUGGACAGGACCUUCAGUUGUUUUGUAAUUCUUUCCCUAAGGUUUUAGUACAGAAGUUGAGUAAACAGUAAGUGAAAACUCUGUUCUUGUUUCUCAGGUUUUAGAAGACGUAGCUGAGGAGUUUGCAAGUAGUGUAGAGGCAAUAUUUGUUGAGACAAGUGCCAGAACAAACAAAAAUGUUCAUUGGCUAUUUGAAGAGUUGUGUAAGUACUCGCUGUAAAUAAUUUAAAAUCCAUUGUCAACAUUCUAGUUUAUGUUUUAAGAGGUUUUAUUUGCAUUUUAAUAAUUUUCUUGCAUUUUUGCUUGAAAACUCUUCUGCCAAAGUAAUAUAGAAGUUAAUCAUACUCAUCAGCUGAAUCUACUUAAUUUUUGUAAUGAAUCAUUUUGUCAGUCUUGGUGAAAGGAAAGUCAAAGAGAGGGGAACAUUUGGUACAAAUACAGGGUACACUUUUGGAAAUGACUUUCUUGUCACAAAUAACAGGGCAGCUAUGAGAAACAGUUGGUGUAGUUUACCGUAACUAAAUAAUUUAAAUAAACUUCAAUCCAAUAACAAUCCAAAUCUUUAUAAGAUGACGAUGUAUAAUUAAAGCUUUGAAAUUGAAAUUAUCUUUAAUAUCUGUAGCUCGUCGACUUCCUCAAGAAAAUGCAGAUACUCCAACAGGGAGGCAAAGUCUUGUGCGACCCAAACCAGCAGAGGAACAUCCAAAAAGAUCUUGUUGUUCAGAAAAGCAACCAACUCCAAAUUACUGA